UACACAGGUAACCCAAUGUUUCUAUGUUGUGAUAUACCACUGGUCGUCAUUAUUGCAUGUUCAGACAUGGAUGCCUGGAGUGCUCAAUCAUCUCUUCCUCAAAGAGAAGAUGAAAAAUCAGCUCAACAAGGCAAAAUACCAAUAAUACAAAUCGAGAAUGAAGUAUCUUUAACUAUCCAAGGACAACGGGCCGUUCAGGACAUCGUCGAUAAAGCUCUGGAACUCUUUCGACGCUUGCAAAAUUUCAAGUUGAGUUCGGAGACAACAACAACUUCAAGACAAAGUCAGAUGCAUUUCUCAGAUGUUAUUCCAUUCAAGGGUGAAAGCAGUGAUAGUAAAAUGGAAGUAAGUGUUGAUGAAUCACUUGUCAAAGAGCAACAACAGUUACAACAGUUGCUCAAGAAGAAAAAUGAACAAAUCAAAGAACUUAUGGAUGUUUUAAGAACCAUGAUAUGGGACAUAAAUACAAUGGUUGCCUUGAAACCAUCAUGAUAAAGGACUACAUUUUUAUAUGAGGCUGAUGGUUGUGCAGUGUGGGACAUGAAUAGUGGUCACAGCACCAUUGUUUUAAUGGACCAUUUAGGGCAGUGAUGUGGACAAGUUAUCAAUGACAUUAUAGGUACAUAUAUCUUGACRCUUUAAUGAUGAAUGACCAUUUAAAACUAAGAUUUUUGGAAAGGAACAAGAAUACUACAGCUAUCUAGGCACCUUUAYAAUAAUAGACCAUUAUCUCUAUAGUCAGGUUCAUCAAUACUAUGCRUGUCUAGCACCUUCAUACAUGUAUUGAUGUACCAACAAAUAGACGGCAGGGUCACAGAUUAUAUUGUUGUGCCAACACCUUCAUAAUAGUGGACCAUGUAAAACUAACAUCUUUUUCAUCAAUGUCUUGAAAUGAUUACAAAAAAUGGAAGUGUGUUUCUUACAUGUAAAUAAUAAUAACAACAUGUGAUAUAAUUUUAAAUCCA